GCUGCACGGCGUAGAAACGGCGUCCAGGCAUGAAUAGGCUUCAUAAUCUCCUAUCCGUAACAUGCUGAUCGUCGGUUGGUGUGGCGCUUUAAGAACAGAGUCUGCGCAAUAGGAGCCGGAGUUUAGCAGUUGGUCUGCGGUGAAAUUCAACCAGAGAAAAAUAAGAAAUCAAGCAGGAUCAUUCUUCCUAGGAAUGAAGCGUGGACGUACGACUGGAAAUUAAACGUAAACUGAGGGGGGAAUUUGGGGACAAUCAUGGCGGGGGUGGGAUCGAAGAGAAGGAAAGCUGGGUUGCCUGGUUUUUGCUGGAAAACCUGCUAUUUUCAUAUUUUAUUCUGGGUUGUUUCGGUCUGUGGAGAAGAGAAGACGUUCAUCGUUGAGACGUGGCUAAAGAACUAUGGGUACUUGCUUCCCCACGACAUCCGAACAUCAGACCUGCGGUCAGAGAAAGCCAUGCAGUCGGCGGUCGCUGCUAUGCAGCGGUUCUACGGUAUCCCGGUGACUGGGAUUCUGGAUCAGACCACCAUUGAGUGGAUGAGAAAACCCAGAUGCGGUGUUCCUGACCACCCCCAUAUCAGCCGCCGGCAGCGGAAUAAACGCUUCGCCCUGACAGGACAGAAAUGGAGAGACAGAAAGAUCUCUUACAGCAUACAUAACUUUACCCCUAAAGUGGGAGAGAAGGACACACAGAGAGCCAUCCGGCAGGCCUUUGACGUGUGGCAGACUGUGACACCACUCACCUUCCAGGAGGUAGCCUACUCCGAGAUCAAGAAUGAAGGGAAGGAGGCCGACAUUAUGAUCUUCUUCGCCUCUGGUUUCCAUGGCGACAGCUCUCCCUUUGACGGUGAGGGGGGGUUCCUGGCCCAUGCCUACUUUCCGGGCCCUGGGAUCGGAGGGGACACUCACUUCGAUUCAGACGAGCCCUGGACGCUAGGCAACGCUAACCAUGAUGAAAUCGAGACUCAUCAGACCAGGCAACAUUCUUCCAGUCUUCAACUGUCCAAUUUUGGUAAUGACCUUUUCUUGGUGGCAGUUCAUGAGCUAGGGCAUGCCUUGGGGUUGGAGCAUUCUAAUGACCCCAGUGCCAUCAUGGCUCCGUUCUACCAGUACAUGGAGACACACAACUUCAAACUGCCUCUUGAUGACCUCCAGGGCAUCCAGAAAAUAUACGGUAUCCCUACAGCCAUGCUGGAGCCUACAAGACCGCUGCCAACCUUGCCCGCUCGCCGAACCCACUCCACCUCCGAGAAAAAACAUGAUCGUCAGUCACGCCCACCACGUCCACCUUCUGGUGACAGGCCCUACUCCCCAAAUGGCAAACCCAACAUCUGUGAUGGCAACUUCAACACUGUGGCAUUCUUUAGACGCGAGAUGUUCGUCUUCAAGGACCGAUGGUUCUGGCGACUGCGAAACAACAAGGUGCAGGAGGGCUACCCGAUGCAGAUUGAGCAGUUCUGGAAAGGUCUCCCACCUCGUAUUGAUGCUGCCUAUGAGCGUUCGGAUGGCAAAUUUGUGUUCUUUAAAGGUGACAAGUAUUGGCUGUUCAAGGAGGUGUCCGCUGAGCCUGGAUACCCUCACAGUCUAGUGGAGCUGGGAAACUCUCUCCCUAAGGAUGGCAUUGACACAGCACUGCGCUGGGAGCCCGUGGGCAAGACCUACUUCUUCAAAGGGGAUCAAUACUGGCGCUACAACGAGGAGAAACGUACGGCCGACCCAGGCUACCCCAAACCCAUCACCGUGUGGAAGGGCAUCCCAGAGGCACCACAAGGAGCCUUUGUCAGCAGGGAGGGAUUUUAUACCUAUUUCUACAAAGGCAAAGACUACUGGAAAUUUGACAACCAGAAGCUGACAGUGGAGCUGGGCUACCCUAAAUCAAUUGUCAAGGACUGGAUGGGCUGCCACCAGUCAGACCUGGAGAAGAACAAGGACAGGCAGCUUCCCCAUGAUGAUGUGGACAUCAUGGUGACCAUCAACGAUGUGCCCAGCACCGUCAAUGCCAUCGCCGUGGUCAUCCCCUGCAUCCUGUCGCUGUGCAUCCUGGUCCUAGUCUACACCAUCUUCCAGUUCAAAAAUAAAGGGGUACAACAGAACGUCACCUACUACAAACAUCCUGUCCAGGAAUGGGUAUGACAGGUUUAGGUUGUGUGCCUCUGCUUCAGAUACAAUAUGGCAUUGAGAGGGCUACAAAACUCUCAGAGCACCAUGUGACCAGUGCCUGUUUUGCACAAAUCCUUAGCGAAAAUAGAAGGAGUGGGAUUAAGUUCACUCCUUUCUGUCCCCUGGCAAAGACACUUAGAUGAACAUCACAAAUGUAGAGAUGACGUUAAGGAUGCUUUGAGGCUGAGAACAGAAUUGGAUUGCACCUCUUUCCAUCUGUUGUCCAUUCUGGCUGUUUCAGUGGGGAUUGUCACACAUACGUUUACCUCGAUCAGACUCCCACACACUCUUUCUCAGGGAGAGAGAGAGGGUGCGCUUACCCCUCACUUAGCCAGGUACCAGCAAUCUUCCAAUAUCCACUUGUACAUGAACUUCAAGUAUUACCAAGAUAUUUAAAGACAAAAAACUUUUUUAAACUUGAAAAAAAUGUAGGUAGAAAGGCCAUAGAAAAGAUUACCAAGGAUUUCUGUGGAUCAUGAAAAUAAUUCAGUUAUGGAGUGUUAAGUUAUGAAGAGAAUACACCUUUUCAUCACAAAUGACAAAACUAAUGUCUUCAUACCUGAACCUAUAGCAGCAGACCUGCCAACACAGGUGGACUGAGACUACAUGUAAAGCCCAGCGAUACCCCACCACCUAGGUCCUUUAUUGGGACUUAGGGGCAAGGUAGUUAGCAUUUAAAAACAUUGGUCACACUUAUUUCUCUGUUAUUUUUCUUGGAACUAAAGUUAGUUUUUUGGUUUGACAUGACCCAUUCAACUGAAAGGCGUAAAGGAUUUCCCUUUCGACAUGCUCAACAUCGAGACUAACAUCCACUUGGCACAAUAAACUGCUGUUGGGGCAGCUGUAAUUUUACUCUGCUCAUUGCAUUCCAACUUUCUCUUUCUCUGUAUAUCAAUAGUAACAUCCUACAUUUCAAUGAAAGCCUAUGAUAUACUUUAUUGUUUUGUUUUUAACCUCACCCUUAGUAUUAAAAACAUACUUUAUAGCCAACAAUGUUAAAAACAAAGAUCCUGGGAAAUUAUUUCUGCACACUGGUGCAUUGGCACUCUGGGGUGAUGGGUUAAUGUCCUUUUUCUUGAUGUCUGCAGGCUAUGUCAGGUUUUCCUGGGUACAGCUGUUUCUUAUCCUAAAAAAAGAAGUGGCCAAGAGUCAAAGAAAAGUUAUUUAAUGACUUUCAUUUGAUAAUCAUCACAGUAUUUUUUAUUCUCUGUUAAUUUACUACACAAUGUUCUCAUCUUACGAUAUAAUGUAAAUGUGGUAGCCAAAUACUGAAACUAGAUAUAGUAUUUGAUACUGUAUUUUCUGAAUUAACUUUGACCCCAAAGGGGUUUGGUACCAACCAGAGCUCACACAUCAACAUGUUGUCUUUUAACCACAUGCAUUGACAUGUUUUUUGAAGUUCAUUUUUAAAUGUGUUUUAUUUGUAUCAGAUUGUUGUUGAAAUUACUUGUUGCAAGAGUUACUUAUCAAUUGCAGUAGCCUAUUGAGCUUGAAGAGAAGUGAAUGUCCAUCUCUGGUUUUACAGUAUGCAGUAUGUUGAGUUACCUUCUAAAACUAUGUUGAGUUGAGUUAUCUUCUAAAACUCAUAGGCGAGCAGAUAAAGAUUUGUAUUUCACGUGAGUAAUUCAAAUGUAAGAGAUGGAACUUUUCGGCUUUGAUUUAGGGUUCAGAUUGAAAACCAGAAUAUGUUAAUUCACAAAGAAAUCUAUACUAUUUAAAGUACCACAGGAGAGUUUUCUUUUUUCAGCUGAAAGAUGCCAAUAGCUUAUCGAUGAUGCAUAGUGAUUAAACAAUAAAUCAUUGUUUUAGAUAAAAAUGGUUGUAUAUCACAGCCUGAUGUGGGAAACCACUUUAGACUGCAUUUCCUAUUCGUGCUGGGUUUAUUUGAAUGUUACUACCUGCUUGGUUUUGAAACAGUUUUUUGCCGCGGAACUACAAGGCAUUGUCAUGAGUAUAUUGGUAUAAGGGUGCUUUUUUAGGGUUUUUGAACUUUUUACAAGCAAAUGAUCAUCCAUUGGAUAAAUUGUGAGGUUUUACAUAUUUUUUAGUAAGUAUUAAAGAAAUAUACAGCAUAUGACAACUUUAUAAAUGGUAAAAUUCCUGGAUAUUAUUGCAUUUUAGAACCAUUUCCCCCACUUCCCCAAGAUGAAUAGAUUACACCAAUAAGGGAAAAUUGGCAAGUUUUGCAAUGGCGUGGUGCCUGGGGCACACAGGAUUUAACUUUUACCUUUCUUAUGGUCACCAAAUGUUUCAAUAAAUGCACUUGGAUCUAAACCAUUCAUUAGACCAUUCAUAUUACCAGAGCAAAAUCUUAAUAUUUCUAAGGGGGAUUUGUUUCUCCAAUUUAUGUAAUGCAUUAUAGCAUUAUAGCCUGUCUUAACUGAAAUUUUGUUCACAAAACUUGAAUUAGCUAUUUCAUUUUACCAUGUUAACUAGUAACACACAACAUUUGUUGUAAAUAUUCUUCCCUCCCUGUGGAUAUUACUAAAUCAGUGUCUAAUUUGUGAACUUGUAUUAACAAUUAGCCUGCAUCAGUCUUCAGAGGGGGAUCCUUAAACAAGAAUGUCUGCUAUAAUGUUUUAGAAUUACUUCAAAAUAAAUAUGCAUUGCCAUCUGGUGAAUGCCCUUCAUAGCUAUCUUAAAGGAACCGUAUGUAGGAUUGUGGCCAAAACUGGUACUGCAAUCACUUUAAAAAUACUGUAGAGCGGUG